AGAGAGAUCAAUUUAUCUAUCUUGGAACAAACUGAACGGACAAACGGUGCUACAAACGGGCAGUGAGUGACAGGUGAUCCAGUUCCUGGAAGAAUGGAGAUGUUACCACCACCAAGCAUGAACCUGCCAGAAGAAAUCCAGCAUCCAUACACUAAGUUUUCAGAAUGGAAAUUCAAGCUGUUUAAAGUAAGACCAUUUGAAAAGACACCUCCUGGGGAUAGCCAAGUGGUAAAUAAAGAUAAAGCAGAAGAGGUGUCCUCUUUGGACAAAGGCAGUGUGCUACAUAUGGAUGCAGUAAUCCCAGUGAUGGAUAAACCGGUUGUGGUACAAGCAGAAUUAAAAGGCACUAAGCAGACACUUGAAAAAGAUGCCAACAAUCUGAAGAUGCAAGAUAAUGCAACACAUCAAGCAAAUCUGGAGGCACUUUGCCGCAUCUGUGGAAUUUCAUUCAAAACUGACCGCUACAGAAGAAGUUAUCCAGUGCAUGGACCAGUGGACAAUGAAACUCAGGGGCUUUUGAGAAAGAAAGAGAAAAAAGCAACAUCUUGGCCAGAUCUUAUUGCCAAGAUCUUUAAGAUUGAUGUGCGAGGAGAUAUUGACACAAUUCACCCUACUCGAUUUUGUCACAAUUGCUGGAGUAUCAUUCAGAGAAAGUUCAGCAGUUCCCCAUAUGAGGUUUAUUUCCCGAGGAACAGCACCAUGGAAUGGCAGCCUCACUCCCCAAAUUGUGAUGUUUGUCACACUAGCUGUCGGGGGAUCAAGAGAAAGAAGCAGCCGCCGAACUUACAGCUUGCAAAACGAUUGAAGAUCAUUGCAGAACGUGCUCGAAAAAACAGGUGUGGAAAGAACCAAGGAAAGAUAAACAACAAGAACCUCAUGAAAAAGAUUACCAACUGCAAGAAGAUACAUCUUAGCACAAAGCUUCUUGCAGUUGACUAUCCAGUAGAUUUCAUUAAGGCUAUCUCUUGUCAGAUCUGUGAGCACAUUCUGUCAGAUCCAGUGGAAACAACGUGUAGGCACUUAUUCUGCAGAACCUGCAUCCUUAAAUGUCUCAAAGUUAUGGGCAGUUAUUGCCCCUCCUGCUUGUACCCUUGCUUCCCUACUGACCUAGUGACCCCAGUGAGAUCCUUCCUAAACAUCCUUGAUGCUCUGACUCUGAGAUGCCCAGUGAAAGAAUGCGAUGAAGAGAUCUUGCUGGGGAAAUAUGGUCAGCAUCUCUCCAGCCACAAGGAGAUGGAAGGGAAAGACGUUUACACACACAUAAAUAAAGGGGGGCGACCAAGACAACACCUUCUGUCCUUGACCAGAAGAGCUCAAAAACAUCGUCUGAGAGAACUCAAGCUUCAAGUCAAAACAUUUGCUGAGAAAGAAGAAGGGGGAGAUAUAAAGGCUGUUUGCAUGACUUUGUUUUUGUUAGCUCUCAGAGCAAAAAAUGAACACCGGCAAGCAGAUGAGCUGGAAGCUAUAAUGCAAGGGAGGGGCUCAGGGCUUCACCCAGCUGUUUGUUUGGCAAUUCGAGUCAAUACAUUUCUCAGCUGUAGUCAGUACCAUAAAAUGUACAGAACUGUAAAAGCUGUCACUGGGAGGCAGAUCUUCCAGCCAUUGCAUGCUCUUCGCACUGCUGAGAAAGCCCUGCUCCCAGGUUAUCAUCCAUUUGAGUGGAAGCCUCCUUUGAAAAAUGUGUCUGCCAAUACAGAAGUGGGAAUUAUAGAUGGGCUUUCAGGCCUGCCACACUCAGUUGAUGACUACCCAAUUGACACAAUUGCAAAGAGGUUUCGAUAUGAUGCAGCCUUGGUUUCUGCCUUAAUGGAUAUGGAAGAAGACAUCUUGGAAGGCAUGAAAGCACAUGACCUGGAUGACUAUUUGAAUGGUCCUUUCACUGUGGUGGUGAAGGAGUCUUGUGAUGGGAUGGGAGAUGUCAGUGAGAAGCAUGGAUGUGGACCAGCAGUCCCAGAAAAGGCAGUUCGCUUUUCUUUCACCGUCAUGACCAUCACUAUAACUCAUGGCAAUGCAAAUGUAAGGAUCUUUGAAGAAGUCAAGCCCAAUUCAGAGCUAUGUUGCAAGCCAUUGUGUCUUAUGUUAGCUGAUGAGUCAGACCAUGAGACUCUGACAGCCAUCCUGAGCCCUCUCAUAGCAGAAAGAGAGGCCAUGAAAAGCAGCGUACUACUUCUUGAAAUGGGAGGCAUCCUCAGAACAUUCAAAUUCAUCUUUAGGGGUACGGGGUAUGAUGAGAAACUUGUGCGUGAGGUGGAAGGCCUUGAAGCUUCUGGCUCCACUUACAUUUGUACCCUCUGUGAUGCAACCCGCCUAGAAGCCUCUCAGAAUUUGGUCCUCCACUCCAUAACAAGGAGUCACGCUGAAAAUCUAGAGCGAUAUGAGGUGUGGAGGUCCAACCCAUACCAUGAGUCCGUUGAUGAGCUCCGUGAUAGAGUGAAGGGUGUUUCUGCAAAACCAUUUAUUGAGACUGUUCCCUCUAUAGAUGCAUUGCACUGUGACAUUGGCAAUGCAGCUGAGUUUUACAAGAUAUUCCAGUUUGAGAUAGGUGAAGUCUACAAGAACCCUGAUGCAUCUAAAGAAGAGAGGAAGAGGUGGCAAUCAGCUCUUGACAAGCACCUGAGGAAGAAGAUGAACCUGAAACCAAUAAUGAGGAUGAAUGGAAACUUUGCUAGAAAGCUCAUGACUAAAGAGACAGUGGAAGCAGUUUGUGAAUUAAUCAAGUGCGAGGAAAGGCAUGAAGCCCUCAAAGAAUUGAUGGAUCUCUACCUGAAGAUGAAACCAGUGUGGAGAUCUUCAUGUCCUGCCAAGGAGUGCCCAGAACUGUUGUGCCAGUACAGUUUCAACUCACAGCGUUUUGCUGAGCUCCUAUCCACAAAGUUCCAGUAUAGAUAUGAGGGCAAAAUUACAAAUUACUUUCAUAAAACUCUUGCUCAUGUUCCUGAAAUCAUAGAAAGAGAUGGGUCCAUUGGUGCCUGGGCAAGUGAAGGAAAUGAAUCUGGGAACAAAUUGUUUAGACGUUUCCGAAAAAUGAAUGCCAGGCAGUCAAAAUGCUAUGAAAUGGAGGAUGUCCUGAAGCACCAUUGGCUGUAUACAUCUAAGUAUCUGCAAAAGUUCAUGAAUGCUCAUAAAACAUUGAAAAGCCAGGGCUUCACAGUUGAUCCAGAAUACAGUUUAGAAGACUCCCUGGAAUUGGAAGACUCUUUGGAAACCAAUAAUUCUAUGGAAUUCUAAAUGUAAUGAGCAUUUGGAAUUGGUUAACAAUGAAGUCUUCCUUUAAGGGGGUGCAGUAAUGUCUGCAAAUUCCACUUUUACACUGGGCAUUAAAGGGAAUCUGUCCCUGCUUCGAGGAGUUUGGCACAAUUCUUUUCUGGAAAAUAGGUGCCAGAAAAAUAUGAUGCAUCAGUGCUGGUGUCAUUUACCUGCCAUUUUGUCAGGUAAAAGUGGAAAGAAAUGUUCUUCUUUGGUCUCAGAUAUUUGUCUGAUACAUAGCCAAGUUGAACAAGGUUUUAGACAAGGUGAUGCAGGUUGAACAUGAUUAUGAAGAGUUAUGAUGAUUGAAAAGAUUAGGAUGGGUGUUCCUUUUAUUUACAUUAUUGCAUUUUAUCUACUUAUAAGCUGGUUUUAUUUCUUUUUUAAUCAAUGGACCUUUGGUUUUUAGAAACAGGGAUUUAACAUGGAGGCUUUUAGGCAUUCAUUUUGAGAUAAAGGCUCAGUUAUUUUUGUAUAAAACAAUUCACUAAAGGUACAAAAGUUGAUCUUACCUGUUGAUUUAAAUUUUUUUUUAAUUAACAUUUAUUUUGUGAUAGUGCCUAGAUGCACAUCUAAGUACAGGAAAAGUAGCCAGAAUUUUAGAAUUAUAUCUAAAAUACAGGCCAAUAUGUUCUAAAAAUCAGGCUUGAUCAUGUGUUCCUAAAUCAGACUUUACAAGAGAGUAUAUUUUUCUCUAUGCAUUGUCUACAUUCAAGUGAUGCUAUAAACCUGGCUAUCAGCUGGCAACCACAAGGAAGAGUUUGUUCAGUGAGCAUUCUAGAUUUCUAGAGUUAGAUCCUAACUGGUGGGUAUAUAUAACCUUUCUGGGUUAAAUCCUGGCCUCCCAUUGUUUUCAAAAAGACUAGAAUUUCACCACUUGAUGUUAAUGGAGUUUCCUUUAUAUACACAGGCUGUGGAGACAGGCUAUUGUGGUUGCUCAGCUCCGUUACAUUAUCCGAUAGGGACAUAUUUCACAGAUCACUUUUACUGUGUUCUAACUCUCCUUCUGAUAUUGACCCUCUUUGUCUCCUGGGACACAUCACUUACCUUCUCUGCCUCAGUUUCCAUGUCUCUAAAAUGGGAAUAACAAUUACCUACCUCAAAGACUUGUUGUGAGAAUUAGUUAAUAUUGAUAGUCUUUGGGAAUUAAACUGCUUUAUAUGUGUUAAGUAGUAUUAUUUCAAUAUUUAGUCAACACAGAGAAGCAGUUUACAUUAUAGUGAAGGCACCAUUAUUAUGAAUUAUUUACUUUUAUAGUGAUAUUGCUACAUGCAGCUAUAGAUACAGAUAUACAUGCUAUAUAAAGAAAGAGAAUUUGAGUAGAUAAUACAGGAAAUUUAAUUCUUGCAGGUUAUAAAUACCCAAGUUUUAAUAAUGACCAUGAGGCAACUAGAAAUACUGAGUAAUUUGUUUGAACAGUAUUGUGAGAUUUGGUACUUCAGUUAUUUCUGAACGUACUCAGUGAAUGAAUGUCUAAAUUUGAGAGUCAACAAAACUCUUAAGCACAUGCUUAAAUUUAAGCAUGUGACUGGUCUCGUUGUACGUAAUGUGAUUACUCAGAAACUUGUUGAUUGGAACUUAUAACUAUGAUUUUUUUUAAAUCACUGACUAAUUCAUUUUAGAAAAUCAUAACAUGUAUACUAUAACUUAUCAGGAAAUAUCAUUGAAAACUCCUAAGUUACUGUGGCUCGUGCUCCUAAAUCACUUAUGCAGUUUAUAAAUUCUCACUCUUACCAUCUAAUGCCUAAUGAUUUAUUGAGGCAUUUUAAUGUUUGGAAAAUUAAUUUUGGAACAGGAUUAAAUGCACAAAUAUUUACACCAUAUGCUGUUUUCCUUAAAUUAAAUUCUGCUUUUGUUUUCUGUUUUUGAUAUGUUGUUGAUUCCCAAGUAGAAAUGAAUAAUUGAAGCCAACAGUUUUUGGCUUUUUUGUAGUAGUUUGUUGUGCUUAUAUACUAUAUCUUCAGGAAUUUUGUAUUUAUCACUUAUGGCCAAUGUAUACAUAGAGCUAGUGUUGGUAAUUUAGACAUAUGCGGAUAACUUGAUGAUAUUGGCUGAAUUGAAUAUUCAUUUUAAAAAAUAUUUUAUCAUUUAGAUUUAAUGCUGAGUAUAUUUUUGAAACAGUAUUUUAGAAGUCUCAGCACUUUGAGUGCCAAUAAUCAAUAGCUUUUUAGAAUUUCUUGUUUCUAGAUUAUUUGCCAUAAAUACUGCCCAGAAUAAUACCUUUUAUAUAUUUCACAACAUGAUUUUCAAUUUAUGGGAAUGCUGAUUUUGAAACUUUUAUUAUUUUUCCCAGAUCAAACUCCCUUUUUUAAUUCCUAUUGAUGGUAACAAUUAUUUCCCAUGAACCAUAAAUAUCAGGUUUACAUAGAGUCACGUUUUUGUAAAUAAAUGCAUUUACAUGUUUUUGGUUUUUUUGGGAUUAUGUCUGUAUGCAAAUAGCUGUAUCCAUUUUUCCCAUCUGCAUGUUUAUUUUCUGUGAUGAUAAUAUAGCCUAUGUUUUCUACUUGAAAUUGUUUGAUUAACACAAGGGUCAAGCCAGCAAUCCUUUCUUGUACAUUGUUAAAUUCACCUCUGUGCAGUCUGUCAGUUAAAUCUUUAAUGGGAUCUGAGUGGUGUAUUGAGGUUGGGCUGAUCCUCUGCAUAGGAAGAAGUUUCAACCACAAGUGGUCCUUACUCACAUUGGUAGUUCUGAAGUCAACAGGCCACAUUCUGUUCCUUUUUUACAAGUGAUCUCACUGAUUUGCCUGAAAUUCUCCAAUCCCAAAGCUCCUUCAAAAUCUGCUCAUGUGCAAGCAAGUGGGAUUUGAUCCAAUGAGGUCUCAAGAGGCCUCAUUGUAAAGAUUUCUUACAUAUUUAAGGAUUUAUAAGACUGGGGGAGGAGGGGGGGACUCUAAUGUAAUUCAGUACACUGAACAGUAUACAGACUGGGACCUAGAUGUGCAAUAGCAUGCAAACACAUCCUUCUGUCGUGUAUCAGUGUUGAAAUCACACUAGUCACUCAGCAAGACACGCUACAUGUAUAACAGAUCUGGAGAGUGUGGAUGACAUGAAAAUCAAAUGUCAUUUUUCUUAUUUUUUUUACACAAACUUGAAUUUAUUCUCAGCUUUUUCCGUUGUUGUCAUCUAAUUUAAAUCAAGAGACUUUCGGCUGGAGAGUUUUGAACUCAUUAAAACAAAUAGAAUUCAAAUGCUAAACACCUGCAAGUGAAGCUUCUGUAAACAGGGAAUAGAAAAACAAUAUUACAGCCACAGAAGCAUGCAUUUGAAUGCAAGUAAUUUUUGAUUGCAGAGAGAUGCACCAUGUGUUCACUCAGCCUAUUGUUAAACCCUUUGAUUUUGAAGAGGCUUUAGAUAAGUGGAGACACUUGUAUUCAUUUUGUUUUUUCGUAAAUCAUAUUUUCUUUUUACUCUAAUAACUGGUAUAAAUACCUCAGUGAUUUCUUUAUGGCAGAUAUUUUUCUUGUGAAAUUGUACUGAACUUCUGAUAUUUUUUGUCAGUCAUGUUUCGUUUGAAGUCUUUUAUAAGAAUUUAGUAAAGGCAUGUUUAGUUUUGCUGUGAAAUAUGUAGAAUGCUGGGGGUUGGAGUCUGCUCCUGCACCAUUUUAUCACUGACUUCAAUGUAAUCAUUCCUGAUUUACCUUGUGGCAAAGGAGUUUGAAGCCAGCCCCUUGGUAGUUUCAACAACCUAGUUUCUGACUCAGAUAAGAUGCUUUCAGUGCAUUGUUACACAAUAUUUGUCUAGAAUAUUUUAUGUUUACUUACUGUAUGCCAGUUUCUUUAUUUUUAAUAUUUGAUUUAAAUAAAGUUCUCAUAAAUAUUUA